AUGCUCUCAAACAUUUCUGAUGCCGAGGCAUUAGACGCCGCGAAAAGUUGGGAGAUAGAGCUCUUUUACUUUGGUUUGUCUUCUAUUCAGUUCAAUAAAGCCACUCUAACAAAGACUGCUACUCAGAUGGCAUGGGCUGACACCGAAUUCAUUGGUGUGGUGCGAAGAAGUGUGAAAGCCCUCGUCGGCCGGGGGAAACAUUUUGAAUUCGAACGUUUAUCAACAAGGAAAGGCCUGCUCUUCCUGCCCUUCUGGAUUCAAGUGCGAGGGUGA